UCUUCUCUGCAAAACCCCUAAUCCCUUCCGCCUUCUUCCUAAAUUCAAAACAACCUCCCGCCGGCUCCCCCGACGCCUACCACCGUUUCAUCGUCGCCGCCCCUUGCGAAGGAUUACUUCAUUGUCUGUGAUGAACAAUGGUCUUCUCUCUGCGCACAAUGACAUUCUUUCCUCCCAGAAUCGUUAAUGGGUACACGAAUAAAGAACAAUCAAACAAACGAAGGUCAAGAUCACAUCGUUUCCCCUUGCGAAGGAUUACUUGCGGCGACUUCUAGUUGGAGAAUCAGAUACAGAGCAAGUUCGGUAACUUUCUUGAUGGAGGAAAAUCUCUAGAACAAGUGAACAAACGCUCUAAUUAUUUCCUUUAUGUGUACAAUACUACUGACAGGUUUGAAAUUCAAGGCUUCAUUUCCAUUCUAACGGAAUGCCGGAUUCAAACCAUAAACAUGUGUAUCCCGCCAAUAAUUGUUCGAGGUUUCUUAUGGCAACUUCGUCCGUCACCCAGUACCAAGUUCCUGGUUAAUGCGCCAUUUCUGUUUCUCCGUUCUCAUUCAUCGGCUUGUUCAGCUCCAUUGUUGGUUGAACCGAAGCAGGGGCGAGAAGAUACAGCCUUCUCCGAAAAUGAAAAUACGUUUAAUCACGACCUCCAUUAUGGGUUUCCAACGACACAUCGAAGAUUAAACGGAACUUUGAGGAAUUACAACGUGUUCGUGAAGGAAAGGCUAAAACAAUUGUCGAAGAUGCUUCAAGAUUGUGGCUUGAACUCAUGUCUAAGACAAGGGAAGGCAAUUCACGGCGUCAUAAUCAAGAAUUCCAUUCAACCUGAUAUGUAUUUGUGGAUAUCUCUUAUUAAUUUCUAUGCCAAAUGCCGAAGAUUAAAUUUUGCACGCCAGGUGCUUGACAUAAUGCCUGACCGGGAUGUCGUCUCUUGGACAGUCCUGAUUGCCGGGUUUGUGACUGAAGGUUUGUAUGUCGGUGGCAUUAGUUUGUUUUGUCAGAUGCGGAAAGAAGGUAUUACCCCAAAUGAAUUCACUUUAGCAACUGUUGUGAAAGCUUGUUCUAUCUGCUUAGACUUAGAUUUUGGAACUCAAAUUCAUUCUGAGAUAGUAAAAACAGGGGUUUUCUCCGAUGUAUAUGUCGGGUCAGCUGUUGUUGAUCUUUACGCGAAAUGCGGUCAUAUGGAAUAUGCAGAAAGCUCUUUCUUUAACAUGCCUGAACAAAAUGUCGUCUCGUGGAAUGCAUUGCUGAAUGGAUAUGCCCAAACUGGAGAUGGUGAAGUUAUCAAGCUGUUUUCAAAAAUGUCAAACCCUAAUAUAAAGUUCAGCAACUUUACAUUGUCAACUGUUCUCAAAGGUAUUGCCAAUUCUGUCAGUUUAGUUUCAGGUCAAUCAGUACAUGCUUGUUCUAUUAAAACUGGAAAUGCAUUGGACCAAUUCAUUAGUUCUGCUCUAGUUUAUAUGUAUUCGAAAUGUGGGAUGUCUUAUGAUGCACACAAAGUGUUCUUGAAUUUAGACAAUCCAGAUGUCGUUACAUGGAGUGCGAUCAUCAGUUGCUUCGAUCAGGAAGGGAGGAAACGAGAAGCUGUGAAACUCUUUUGCUCGAUGAGGAAUGACGGUAUUGUCCCUAAUCAGUUUACGCUGUCUAGUCUCAUUAGUUCGACUGCAGACUUAGGUGAUUUAGGUCUUUGUGAAAGUAUACAUGCCUGUGUGAAUAAAUAUGGGUUUGGAUCAGAAAUAGCUAUAGGGAAUGCUUUGAUAUCGAUGUACAUGCGAUUGGGAUCGAUUCGUUGUGGGUCCCGCCUCUUCGAUGAGAUGAGAUGUCGUGAUCUGGUUUCGUGGAACUCCCUUUUAUCUGGUUUCCAAAUCUCUGAUCAGGGAUUGGUGAUCUUCAAACAGAUGAUUGUUGAAGGUUUAAAACCAAAUGUGUGUUCUUUUAUUGGUGCUCUAAAAUGCUGUUCAAACUUGCAGGAGCUUGGUUUUGCGAAACAAAUUCAUGCCCUAGUUGGUAAAGAGGGCUUAGACGGAGACCCAUUUGUAGGGACUGCCCUAGUUGAUUCGUAUGCAAAAUGUAAUCGUUUGGAAGAAGCAGCAAUGAUAUUCAACGGAUUAAACAAAAAAGAUGUAUUCUCUUGGACUGUGAUGAUUUCCGCUUAUGCACAGAAUGAUCAAGGGGAAAACUCUAUUAGAUUGUUUAAUCAGAUGAGAAAAGAUGGUUUUGACUCCAAUGAAUUCACUCUCGCCAGCUGUUUGAAAGGCUGCGCGAGAAUUACGAGCCUCGAGAGUGGUCGACAGCUACAUUCGUUGGCGAUAAAGUCUGGGAAUUUGAACGACAAUUUCGUCGCCAGUUCGCUCGUGGAUAUGUAUGGAAAAUGCGGUUGCUUAUUAGAAGCCGCAAAUUUCUUUAAGGGAAAUGAUUGGUACGAUAUUGUGAUGUGGAACACGAUCAUUCACUGCUACUCGGAUCACGGAAAGGCAAACGAAUCUCUCAAAAUUUUUGAGACGAUAAUCGAGGAAGGUUUGGUUCCUGAUUCGGUUACCUUUCUAGGCAUUCUCUCCGCCUGCAGCCGUAUGGGCUUAACAGAAGAGGGUGAAAAACACUUUCGGUUAAUGAAUGAUGUAUAUGGAAUCUCUCCUUCCGAAGAACAUAAUGCUUGUAUGAUCGAUAUUUUGGGACGGGCUGGGAAAUUUGACGAAAUCGAGAAGUUUAUUGAGAAUAUGAAGUUGAUCCCUAACACAUUGAUUUGGGAAACAGUUCUUGCAGCUUGUAAGAUUCAUGGGAAAGUGGAAUUGGGUGAAAGAGCGGCAAACGAACUUUUCGAGCUUGAACCGGAGGUAGAUUCGAAUUAUAUUUUACUGUCAAAUAUUUACGCGUCCAAACAAAGGUGGGAUGACGUCUCUUAUGUUAGGAUGUUGAUGAAUAAUCGAGGUGUUAAAAAGGAACGUGGAUGCAGUUGGGUCGAAUCGAAUGGUCGAGUUCACGUUUUCUUAUCUCAAGAUGUUUCUCAUCCCGAGAUUGGCGAAAUCCAUCAUAAGUUGGAUAAACUAGCGUCGCAAAUAGGGUAUGAUCCAGAGACGAGUUAUUCAUUGCAUAAUGUGAACGAUGAGACGAAAAGAGAAAAUCUUUUGUAUCACAGCGAAAGGCUGGCUGUAGGGUUAGCUUUGAUAAACAAAUGCGAAUAUCGACGAACAAUAAGGAUUUUCAAGAACCUGCGGAUCUGUGGAGACUGUCACGAAUUUAUGAAGCUUGUUUCAGAUUUUUUCUUGGAUGAAGAGAUAAUCAUCCGCGAUGUUAAGAGGUUUCAUCAUUUUAAAAAUGGGACCUGUUCAUGUCAAGAUUAUUGGUGA